AUCUCACAUAUAGUGCCUUGCCUGCGUCUUACACCGCCGGUGUUGUGAGGUCGUGGCUAUUGUAUUUUGAAAGUGGAGCCUAUCUAAGAAUAACCAGAAAGUAACAGAGGCCUCGACAUCAACGGAAAAUGGCAAGCCAUCUAAUGAAAUCUGCCGGGCGACUUGGUCGACUUACGCCUCAGCACACAGCCCUCUUCCUUUGCGACAUGCAAGAAAAGUUCAAACCAAACAUAAAGCAUUUUGAACAAGUCGUUGAUACGUCACGAAGAAUGCUGCAAGCUGCCACCAUCUUGGAUAUACCCAGCGUUGUCACAGAGCAGUACCCGAAAGGUUUGGGCAGGACUGUGCCGGAGCUGGGGGUUGAGGAACAUGGCUUGAAGCCGAUCGCCAAGACACAGUUCUCUAUGUGCGUCCCGGAAGUUGAAGAUAUGCUCAAGUCGAACGAAAAUAUCCGGUCGGUCAUGCUGUGCGGAAUCGAAACGCACGCUUGCAUCCUGCAGACCACCAUGGAUCUGCUGGAGAAGGGCUAUGACGUGCACGUGGUGGCCGACGCCUGCGCCUCCCGGAGCCACGUGGACAGGGUGUACGCCCUGGAGCGCAUGCGUCACCUGGGAGCCUUCCUCACCACCAGCGAGUGCGCCAUCCUGAGCUUGGCGGCCGACUCGGCCCACCCGAAGUUCCGUCAGCUGCAGAAGGUCAUCUGGACGCCGGCGGCCGACUCGGGACUGUUGCCGACCCCGCCAUGAGAUGAUCCCCCCCUCCCCCCCCCCCCCCCACAGGCCUACGUGCCACCGGCUGUAGCCGAGGAAAUGUCGGGAACUGACCUCGGGCUGACUGAACUGAUAUAUUGUUGUUGGGGAUGCCGAUGCCACUGACCCGAACGGUGGCCUCGUGCUAGUGAUUUUUGUAAGGCUCGGGAUUGUUGCCACGUGUUCUCACACCGUGCUAAAGGUUCGCCGCGGUGUGUGGUGUGUUUGGCUCGCUGGGUGGCCCGUGGCCGGGCUGGCUGCGCCUGGGGUUCAUAGAUCUUUUGGACGGGCGCUACCCGAGAGCGUGGCGACAUGACAGUGCUGAGGAAAGCGCUCGUGGUGAUGGGAGAGAAGUACGGUGUUGGGCUGGCCUCACGGUGUCAGGCUUGCUUCGUGAAGCAUAGAUAUGUAUCUCACAAAUUAGAGCUUGGGUGAUGUAAGUGACGUCAAAUGUAGGCAUGCGAGCCGGCAUCGCAGUUUGUCAAGUCUUUUUUGCCAGCGAAAAAUGACGUCGGCAAUGGGAGCGCGGUAAGCACUAAUAACUAACAACUCAGGGGCGUAGCGUCAUCGUAGUUUGCACAGGGUAUGGCCAUGGUGGCGUGAGUCCUGGCAAAUUUCCCGUAGGCUGUAACAUAACACGGGACGCGGUUCAGGCGUCUUUGUUUUCAGUUUUCGCCGAACUCGUGACGGCAGUUCUGCGACUGCACCCGUCAGAUAUCACGCUUGUCAUGCCUCGAUAACACCGUCGGUCACGAACCUGCGACCCUGGUACCGACGAGUGGCCAGUGUCCAGCCGGCCUCUAUUCGCUGGACUGUGCCAUGUUUACGGUAUCCCUGGACAGACAUAAACACUGUCUGCGGAUGAG